GGAACAAUCCAAAAUUUAUAGGCACGUUCCCGGGCAGCCACCACUUAGUCGAACCGUUUAGUCAAAUUUAGUUACUCCAACGCGACCAAGGAAUCAAAGAAAAUGUACUACAAUCAAGGCUACCAAAUGGACGUGAUCGAUCCGUACUACCCACCGCCAGUGGAGGUCAUCGAAGUGAUGCAGCCCCCGCCGCCAGUGGAGGUGAUUAUGCCCUCGCCCAUGUACACACAGCCCGUGGUGGUGGUGGAGCAGCCCACCUACGGCCCGACCGCCACUGGACCCUCGCAGGGGGAAAUGGAAUGCUGCCUGAUGUUGGGCGCCUGCUGCGUCAUGGAGGAGUGCGGCAUGUGCGUCAUCUCGUAGACCCGAAAAUAUGGAAUUAUAACCCUGUAAACUGAAUAAUAAAUCUAGACUGAAACCGAAUAUGUCUCAGCGUUGUGGUGACUCAAAGGUGCUGACAAUCGGGGCUAGAAAAUGAUACUCCCACUACGAGCAAGCCACAGAUAAACAUUUCUAUAAGUUCUAUAAGGGAAUUUGUAAUUAUGAAAUUCUCGGAAUAAACUGUAAUCUGAUUAAA